UGUUCCCGGUUUCCAGCCAUGGCUGCCAUUACCUGACCAGCGCCACAGCCGGUCUCCCUGCAGGCGCCGGGAGAAGUGACCAGAGUGGUUUCUGCUUUUCACAGGGCGGGUUUCUCAGCGGUGACUUGUGGGCAGUGCCUUCUGCUGAGUGAACCAUGGCCCGAAGGCAGAACUAACUGUGCCUGCAGUCUUCACUCUCAGGAUGCAGCCGAGGUGGGCCCGAGGGGCCACGAUGUGGCUCGGAGUCCUGCUGACCCUUCUGCUCUGUUCAAGCCUUGAGGGCAAGGAUCAUUCUUUCACGAUCAACAGUGUCGACAUGAAGAGCCUGCCAGACUGGACGGUGCAAAAUGGGAAGAACCUGACCCUGCAGUGCUGCGCGGACGUCAGCACCACCUCUCACGUCAAGCCUCAGCACCAGAUGCUGUUCUAUAAGGAUGACGUGCUAUUUUACAACAUCUCCUCCAUGAAGAGCACAGAGAGUUAUUUUAUUCCUGAAGCCCGGGUCUAUGACUCAGGGACGUACAAAUGUACUGUGAUUGUGAACAACAAAGAGAAAACCACAUCAGAGUACCAGGUGUUGGUGAGAGGAGUGCCCAGUCCCAGGGUGACCCUGGACAAGAAAGAGGCCAUCCAAGGUGGGGUCGUGAGGGUCAACUGUUCCGUCCCAGAGGAAAAGGCCCCAAUACACUUCACAAUUGAAAAACUUGAACUAAAUAAAAAAAUGGCCAAGCAAAAAAGAGAGAAGACUUCUCGGGACCAGAAUUUUGUGAUGCUGGAAUUCCCCAUUGAGGAACAGGACAGCGUUUUAUCCUUCCGAUGUCAAGCUAGGAUCAUUGCUGGGAUCCAUGUGCAGACCUCAGAAUCUACCAAGAGUGAACUGGUCACCGUAAGGGAAUCCUUCUCUACACCCAAGUUCCACAUCAGCCCCACUGGAAUGAUCACAGAAGGAGCUCAACUCCACAUUAAGUGCACCAUUCAAGUGACUCACCUGGCCCAGGAGUUUCCAGAAAUCAUAAUUCAGAAGGACAAGGCGAUUGUGGCCCACAGCAGACACGGCAACGAGGCUGUGUACUCAGUCAUGGCCAUGGUGGAGCACAAUGGCAACUACACAUGCAAAGUGGAGUCCAGUCGCAUAUCCAAGGUCAGCAGCAUCAUCGUCAACGUAACAGAACUAUUUUCCAAGCCCGAACUGGAAACUUCCUUCACACGUCUGGACCAAGGUGAAAGACUGAACCUGUCCUGCUCCAUCCCAGGAGCACCUCCAGCCAAUUUCACCAUCCAGAAGGGAGACACGAUUGUGUCUCAGACUCAAAAUUUCACCAAGAUAGCCUCAAAGGGGGACAGUGGGACGUAUAUCUGCACUGCAGGUAUUGACAAAGUGGUCAAGAAAAGCAACACAGUCCAGAUAGUCGUAUGUGAAAUGCUCUCCCAGCCCAGGAUUUCUCAUGACGCCCAGUUUGAGGUCAUAAAAGGACAGACCAUCGAAGUCAGUUGCCAAUCAAUCAGUGGAACUUCACCUAUUUCUUAUCACCUAUUAAAAACAAGCAAAAUUUUGGAGAAUAGUACCAAGAACUCAACUGAUCCUGCGGUAUUCAAAGACAACCCCACUGAAGACGUAGAAUACCAGUGUGUUGCGGAUAACUGCCAUUCCCACGCCGAAAUGUUAAGUGAAGUUCUGAGGGUGAAGGUGAUAGCCCCAGUGGAUGAGGUCCAGAUUUCUAUCCUGUCAAAUAAGGUUGUGGAGUCUGGAGAGGACAUUGUGCUGCAAUGCGCCGUGAAUGAAGGAUCUGGUCCCAUCACCUAUAGGUUUUACAGGGAAAAGGAAGGCAAACCCUUCCACCAAAGGACCUUGAAUGCCACCCAGGAAUUUUGGACCAAGCCGAAGGCUAGCAAGGAGCAGGAGGGGGAGUAUUACUGCACAGCCUUCAACAGAGCCAACCAUGCCUCCAGUGUCCCCAGAAGCAAAAUACUGACAGUCAGAGUCGUUCUUGCCGCAUGGAAGAAAGGACUUAUUGCAGUGGUUGUCAUCGGAGUGAUCAUUGCUUUCUUGAUCAUUGGGGCCAAAUGUUAUUUUCUGAGGAAAGCCAAGGCCAAGCAGAUGCCAGUGGAAAUGUCCAGGCCCGCAGUACCACUUCUGAACUCCAACAACGAGAAAAUGUCAGAUCCCAGUAUGGAAGCUAACAGUCACUACGGUCACAAUGAUGAUGUCGGAAACCAUGCAAUGAAACCAAUAAAUGAUAAUAAAGAUCUAGUAAAGAAGGGCACAGAGACAGUGUACACUGAAGUCCGGAAAGCUGUCCCUGAUACCAUGGAAAACAGAUACUCUGCUGACUCCAGAGUUGCUUCUGUGAAUCCCCCGCUGCCCAGCCCAGAGCCCUCUCGCUGCCGCUGAACCCCUUCCGCAGUUUGAGAACGGAAGGCUCCCUUGAUGGAACUUAGACAACGAGGCCAGAUGCACAUCCCUGGAAGGACAUCUAUGUUCCGAGAAGAGCAGAUGAUCCCUAUAUUUCAAGAGCUCUGUGCACUUAUUUAUGAACCUGCCCUGCUCCCACAGAACACAGCAAUUCCUCAGGCUAAGCUGCCGGUUCUUAAAUCCAUCCUACUGAGUUAAUGUUGGGUAGAAAGAGAUACAGAGGGGCUGCUGAAUUUCCCACCUACCCUCCUUCCACCAAGUUGGAGCAUCCUUGGCAAUUGGAAGGGCAGAAGAGGAGAUCCAGGGCAAACAGGCCAUUGGGAUAUUCUGAAACUUGAAUAUUUUGUCUUGUGCAGAGAUAAAGACCUUUUCCAUGCACCGUCAUACACAGAAACCAAUUUUCUUUUUUGUAGCCAAUCACUUCUAGCACAUGGCCUGGUUAGAGGCUAGUUUUUUCUCUUUUCCUUUGGUCCUUCAAAGGCUUGUAGUUUUGGGUAGUCCUUGUUCUUUGGAAGUACACUGUGCUGACCAGACAGCCUCCCCCUGUCCCCUCUAUGACCCCGCCCUCCACAAACGGGAAAACCAGGCUACUUGGGAGCACCGCCUUUGAAAUACCGACCUGAAGACACGGUUCAUUCGGGCAAAGCACAGAACAGAAAAUGAAGGUGGAACAAGCACAGAUGUUCUUAAACUGUUUUUUUCUACACUCUUUUUCUUUUCUUCUACCAUGCUGAAGGCUGAAAGACAGGAAGAUGGUGCCUACAGCAAAUAUUAUUCUUAAUUGAAAAAUUGAAA